AUGUCCACUCAGUCCUUGAGCUCGCUGCUCCAAAGAGCGUCCAUUGACGACCACGAAGAAGUCCUGCGCUCGUGUGAUGCCGCCUUAGCCAAGUCUAGCUCCGAUCUUCAAGCGCAGCAUGUCAAAGUCGUCGCUUUGCUAAAACUCGACCGUUACGAGGAUUGUCUACGUGUUUUCGAGGAUGGCGGGGAUAACCUGAAGAAAAGGGCUGCUCUGGAAUACGGUUAUGCUCUUUACAAAUCCGGUCAACCUGAGGAAGCUAUCGACGUAGUUUCUGACUUGGUGAAUGACCGCGGCGCACGUCACUUGGAAGCACAGGCUAGUUACAGGGCCGAGAAAUUUCGUCGCACAGCCGAACUGUACGGAGAACUCGCUCGUGAUCCUGCAUCAGUUUCCAGCGAGGAGCACGACUUGCGAAUCAAUUCCUGGGCCACGGAUGCCCAACUGCAAUGGAAAGGCCACCCCGAGUUAGUGCGACACACCAGACCAACAAGGGAUGAUUUGGAAGCGUUCGAGACCGUUUACAAUGCCGCCUGUCUAAGCAUUGCGAAAGGGGAGUUUGACCAGGCGGGAAUGCUGUUGAAGCGUGCCAAAGAACUAUGCCGUACUUCUGAAGACCUCACACCAGAGGAUAGAGAUGCCGAACUACUUCCGAUUGCUGUGCAACAGCUUUAUGUUCUGAUAUGUCAAGGAAAGUCUGGGGAGGCCGAGUCCAUCCUAGAAGAGAUUUCCAUACAGGAAAUUCCCGAAUUAUCUACGAGAAGAAUCGGUCAGAACAAUGUGGCCAUUGCUCGCGGAACCGUGGCAAACCCUUACGCAUUAUAUAAGACCCUUCACGAAAUCCCCAAUUCCACUGACAACGACAAGCUGUUCAACUAUCAGAAUACUAUUAUAACAGGAAAUCUGCACGCAGUGGAUCUUCUUGUUCAUAAAUACGAUGGUAUCAUCCGAUCCACAUCGAAGGCCCUCUCUUCAGCGCCGUAUCCGUCUACGGAAGCGGCCACAAAUCUUCUGUCAGUUUACAACGUUGCAGCGCAUGCCAAGGGUGAGACCGGGACGUCGGCACUCAAAGCAAUUCUCUCGGCAGUAGAUCGGCGACCGAAAGACCUUGGCUUGGUUCUCACUGCCGUACAACUCUACGUGAGUCUGGGCAAUACCACCUCUGCAAUAGCCACGCUGGAGAAGUCACUUCAACUCCUUGAAGAGUCUAUUUCCGAGCAAGACAAGGAAACACGUUUCAACCCGGGCCUUCUAAGCGUUCUUAUUGCCCUAUACAAACGUGAAGGCCGGAGAACUCAGAUCAGAGCUGAAAUGGCAAAGGCCGCAGUGUUUUGGAAAGAACAGGCCACUCAUCCAACGUCAUUGCUCCGUGCAGCCGGGGCGUCUCUACUGCACUCCACGCUUGCAUCUGACUCUGCCCAGGCUGCAGAUCUGUUCAAGUCUCUGUACCAAAAUACUCCGGAUGACCUGUUUGCUGUUGCUGGAUAUGUGGCGUCUCACGCAGCCAUUGAUUACUCUCAGGUUGAAGCGCAGGCUAAAUACCUCCCUCCGGUUGAGGACCUGAUUUCCGAUAUCGACGUCGCGUCACUUGAGGCGGCAGGUGUCUCGCCUUCUUCAUCCACCGCCGCCGCCACCGCCGCAGCUAUCGCAGGAGCGAGGAAGCGGACGGCGGACAACAAGGAACGUACGGUGAAGCGAAUCCGAAAGUCUCGCCUGCCCAAGGACUACGACCCGAGCAAGGCAGCCGACCCAGAGCGCUGGCUCCCGCUCCGUGACCGUUCGACAUAUCGACCAAGGGGCCGAAAGGGCAAGCAGCGGGCUGCUGAACGGACACAGGGUGGAGUUGUUACGGAUAGAUCCGAAGAGACCACACCGUCUGGGGCUCAACAGCAGAAACCCCAAGGUGGAGGAGCUAGUUCGAAGAAAAAGAAGAAGGGAAAGCGGUAG